UCCAAAAAUGUUGCCAACUUUUUUGACGAAAAUGCGAAUAAAAACCUAGCAAAAGCGAAUAGCCUCGUUCAAAGUUGGAUGCUAACUUUGUUAAAACUAUCCUCGUGUUUUAGACUUGUUCAUCAAUAACUUUACUUUAGCUGUCACUUCAGAAUAUUCAGGUGAUGGAGAAAGGACGCGGAAGGGGCAGAAGAUUGGGUACCAAGGCCAGUCGACCGCCGCUCGAGUUCGCAGGAGAUGACGAAGAAAAGGUUUCACCUGAGAAGGUCGUCCAGUCAAAAAUCGAUGCAUUCACUGUACCUGAUGAUGAGUUGAAAUCCCCCGUACAGAUAUCGAGGAAAAGAGAUGAUGAUGGAGAUUAUGAUCCCGAGGAGGAUGGUGAUGAUGAAGAUGAUGAUGAGGUGGUGGUGGUGAAGCAGAGAUCCACCGGGCGGGUUCUAAGGCUUGCCAAGAGGCACACUGUGGAUGAAGAGAGCAUCGCCCUUGACGUGCAACUGCUGAAGUGUGGUUUGAGCAAAGCAGAUCUUCUUGUAAUGUCAAAAGAUGACAAGAAAGAAAUGCUUAAGAUAUUCCAAGAAUCGCAGCAGGAUAAUGAAGUAAAUCAGCUGCAGAGACGAGCAUUUUUUAAAGAGGCAGACAUAAGAUACGAGGAUUUUGUGUUGGAGCAAGGCAAAGCCACAGAAAACCAACAAUCAAAAUCCGAUGCAGUUUCUGCUGCACAGGGUGCACCGGAUGAGGAGGAAACUCAGGCCCCUGAGGACGACUUCAUGACAUUCGGCCAAACCUUAGACGAAGACGCUUCUCGUAAGGGUCAUGAUGAAAAUGGGGAAGAUGGCAGUCAACAUGGUGAUGUUGAGGAAGGUGGGAUGAGGAAUUCUCCUGAUGAAGAGGAGACACAACCAUACGAAUUGGAACAAGAUCUACUUUCGAGAAUGAUGUCAAAGAAGAGAAUGGUGUCGGUUCAACAAGUACAAGAGACCAGUGAAAAUGAUGAAGCCAUCCCUAAAAAUAAAAAGUCAAAAAUUCAAGAUGACGAUUCACCACGGCCACGAUUCCAUUUUGAGUUUGAAGAAAAUGAGGAUUUGCCUCCUCCCAGUCCAAUACCAGCAACGCUGGUUAAUAAAAGACGACUAAAGCAGAAGAAAUCAAAGCGACCGUUUCUGAUGUUUGCUCCAAGUAGUCUAUCACCGGUGGAGUACACGAUGAAAAUAAUACAAUAUUUUGACGAAUAUUUCCUCACUCUUCGAGAGGUCCAAUGUGGCUCUGCUACGAUGCUUGCAUGGGGUGACCCAGUAUGUGAGGGUAGACACAUGCCCAAUUCACUAGAUGUAUUCACUUGUAAACCAGUGAGACCAGCGGUGUUCCAACCUGGAAAAUCCUUGUUCAGUGACGAUGAGCCUGCACCACCGAAGCAGAAAACCUUGACUAAUAUGACGAUCGAUGAUGCAUUUGGUUUUGAAAGUCUUGAUGAGCCGAAGCCAUCGAACUCGCGAGCAGAUCGUUACGAAAAACGUAAGAGGCAUCGAUAUGGCGAGUAUGCGGUUAUCAUCGAAGAUGACGAUUUCACACGAGAUCCGGAUUUCACUUUCGUGCGUAAACCUCCGCCCAAAAAAGGUAGAGGGAAAGGUCAGGGAAAAAGUUCAAGCACUAACAAGGAAACUGAUUGUGUAAGAGAUGUUGCCAAAUCACCUGUGUUUGAUAAGUCUACUGCUGCUGGUGCUGCACAUUCAGAUGAUACAUUGCCUGAUUUGAACAUUGAGUCAGAUGACACACCACCAUUGCCGACUUUUCAUAUUGAUAGUAACUCGAUAGGUUUUGAAGGUCCAGCAGCAGGUCAGUCUGCGCCUACUGCUAUAACUCACCAGCGCUUGCGUGCAGGUGACGAUGAAGAAUCUGAUUCUAUUCUCAAGCCAGGAAAAGGAACGACUAAUGCAAAUACCCGGGGUGUUGGAUCUACGAAACGUGGAGGGAACAUUGGGGUGGGGAGCUCUAAAUCGCCAGAGAAAAUGGACUUUGUUGAGGAGGCAGACAGUUGGAGGUCGUCUGCAGGUAGAAAACGUUCAUCUUUCCUUAUUGAUGACAAUGUAAAAGGACGCAUGAAGUUAGCCUUGAAGACGAGUUGUGAGAAUAUCAGCAGCAGCAGCAGCAGGGAAAAUAGCCAAAAUGAGGACUCGGAUAAAAAGGUUAACAUUCCUGCUGAAAAGUUGACCAUUACGCGAAAAAUUAUUAGAAAAAUUCAGUCCAUAAUCUCGCCUGCUACCAAAUCACAAGAGGACAGGAUUCAGGAGGCUGCAGUAAAUGACUUGAAUGAAUUGCCCGGGGGUGAUCGAAUUGUUCGGGCCUUGGAUUAUCAUUCGCCACAAGCUUCGCAGGAUUUGUUUUCUAACGAUACGCAGGAGUUGGAUGAUCCGUGUCCAUCGCCAACAUUCCCUGGAUGUCCCCCGGUGACAUUCCCCCGAGGAUCAGAUGUAGGGACUGAUGGUUCAAAAACUCGUAUCAAAUCUGUCGGAAAUAUUCCGCCUGGUGGGUUUGUGACAUCUAAAAAUGAGCCAAAUUCCGAAUUUGAUGAGCCCCUGUGGAAUCUUCAGGGACAAGAUCCGGAUGACGCUUUGAGGAACUACCCAGAUAAAUCGGAUGCAAAAAGAACUGCAAGGCCUAAUCGUGGGGCAAGGAAUAAACCAACAUCUCAGGAUGUGAAUGAUAAUGUUAGUGCCUGGAGAACAAGGGUAGAACUUUCCGAUGAUGGGGACCCUGUUCAGGUUCAACAUAAAAGGCCACCAGUGGGUCGUAGAAAAACUGCUGCCGGCUCGGCCUCAGACAAAACCCGUCGAGAAGAAGUUGGUGAAAAUGUAAUGGAAGCUGGUUCAUCGCGAAGACGAUUGAUUCGUCCUCCGCAGAAGAAAAGGAAGAUGGAGGCUGAAGCCAUUGCUGUCUUGGAGUCUGAAGAGGAAGAAGAAGACCCAGUGCCGCAGAUAGUAGAACCACAGGUUGAUUGUCCCUUGUGUGGUGACCCAUACCCUCAGAGCAGGAUAGAGGUGCAUGCAUCGGAGUGUGAUGGCAUUUCCCAGAAAAACGACAAGAGACUGACACGUUCAUCUGCAAAUACUCCAGAACGUAAAAAAUAUCCUGAUCGUCUGCAGCACACGUCAAGGCCAAGGAACCAACAAGCUGAUGUGAGACACAGGGAGAGGGAAGCUGCAAGGUUUAGUUCAUCAGAUUCAGAUUCUGAUGAUCCAGGUCACCCAUUGCCGCCAGCGUCGCUGUAUGGUAUUAACACGAGUGUUAUACCAGAUCAUGCACCCAAGGAGGACUUAUUUGACAUGGCAAGGCAGAUGGCAGUUCCCCGAAGAGCAAGGAAGCCAAAGCCAGUGGUGGAUGGGGAAGCGUGUUACAUCUGUGAUGGGAUGUUCAAGAAGGGCAAAGAGUAUGAGGAGCAUGUGAAUAGGUGUAUGGAUGCUCAGCAGGAGCAACAGAGGAGAAUUAUGCAGUCUUUUAGCAAAGAAAGGAGUCAGUCAGUGGAUAAUGAAGAUGGAGGUGAUGAGCCGGGACAAAGUGGUCACGAGCAGCAGUCCAACAGUGAUGAUGGCGAUGUUUCUGACGUGUCGGGUAGUACAAGUGAUAGUGACAGUGGUGGAGCCACUACUGGCCUGGACGACAAUCCUGAUCAUGAUAAUCCUGGCCCAGUGUUCAAACGCGAGGAUGAAAAUGACUUCGACUGGGAUAAUAUCAGUUCAUCACCAAUUAAGACAUUCCGUCCAUUAUCUAAGCACCAAGGACGACUUCUCAUAGAUUUAAACAAACAGUUUCCGCAUCAGAGGAAAGCAGUCGAAUUGAAUAAUCAAAGAACAUUGUCGGAAUUAGGUGUCCGAGGAGGAGCGAGCGGACGGGGACGAGGGAGAGGUCGAGGUGCCAAAAAACCAACAAAGCGCAAACGGAAAACAAAGCAAAAAACUACGUCAAGGAAGAGAGCUAAGACUGUUAAGAAGGGCCCUCCUCCUGUUCAUUUCAGUUGAGCGAUUACCUUGCAUACUGUAAUGGGUAUUAAAUGUUCGCGUUUCAUUGGUGUAGACUAAAUUCCCCAUUUGCUGCCGAAGUUUAUAGGUGACCUGAAAUGCUUUUCUUAAAAUUUUAACUUGGGGUAUCAAUUAUAACUUAAGGAACACAAGUGUGAAAACGGCAUAAAAAUCAAACUACUCAUCUUAAAGUUAUAGCAGUAUGUAAUUCAAACAUUCCAGGUGGUGCAGGAAGAACGAAUUGAUGGACUGCCAGCUCGAUAUCAAUUCUUUUAACCGUCUUCUGCCCAUUUGGAGUAUAACACUGAGUUAGCAUUAACGGGGUACACCGUUCGUAAUUACUUGUGGUCCAGUUAAAUAGAAAUCCACUAAUACACAAUGCCGUAAUGCAGUUAAUGUUGUAAUAACAAAUUUGUAAGUUUUGGUUCAGAGUCCAGGAAUUUUUUAAUUUAAAGAAUUGAUAUCGAGCUGGCAGUCCUUGACUAUCCAAGAAAGACUUGUCGGGUAGACUACAUGUAAAACUAGAGGCACCAGUUGAGGGAAUUCAAUGUUAUUUGAGGUCUCCCGAGCGGUCUUGCUGAGACAACAAGGCUUUAAAACGGCUCAAAGACUAAGUUAACAUUUUCCAUACUGUCCUCGACCAAGGAUUGCUGCGAUAAAAAUGAGGCCAGUGAAAUAUAUUCCAUUACAAACAUUGAUAUCCUGGAGUAUUGUUGCUGUGUUAUUAUGGAUGCUUAAAUUUGUUUCAACUUGGUAUUCAUAGUAUUUGUACAUCAGUCUACACAACUGCAAUGUUGAUAUUUUUAUAUUUUUUGUGUAUUUUGGGAAUUGGACAUUUUUUAAUUCAAUUACAAAUUCAAAAUUUGUAACGAACGGCGUAGGCCUUUAAAAUCAUGGCGUCAUGAAUUAUGAACUAAAUAACAAAGAAGUCCGUUUCAAAGUGGAGGUUUAAUGUAAUUUAUGUGUCACUUUAUUUUGUUCAGGUGUAAUAGGGGCACACGAGGCGUGACUAGGUACAUGACAUCAAUGUAAACACAUGCUGACUUAUCGGUGCUGAAUAUCACUUCUAUAGUCUCCUCCCUUCACCGCCAACACCAAGGGCCAGGAAAUUCGUCAGACGCACCAUCAUAAACGGGUGGCCAAUCAAAUUGCUCGACACAAAGUAAUUGAAUGACAGCCUGAAUUGAUAGCGCCAACCUCAGGAUCAGGUUACCCUUCUUCUAUACAACAUGCACUGUGCAUUUGGCUCAGGUCAGCAUCCCUCGAACCGUUACUCAUUGAACACCUGGUCUUCCAUUAUGACGGUUUUCAGUGCGUGUCUCGUGCGACAACCACGAGUGAGUGUAAUGUUAGUGUUGUGGCGACAGAGGACGCGUGGGAAAGGAAGGGAAUACACAGAGACUACCGAUAAAGUAUUAACAGCCCUUCUGCUGGUCGAUCAGGGGUGAGUUAUCGGCGGUGAAGGAAGGAUAUAUGCACAAAGACGGUGGGGCAUACUAUCAAUGAUUAUCAAUCAAUUAUUCAAAUCAAAUUGUCAAUUCUAUGGCGCAGCAUUCCAGGCAAAAGAGUCCUGUUGAAGUGCGCCCUCCCAUCUAUACUAAGUAAUACUUUCUGUACAAAUUGCCUGCUAACUAUCAUUUACCAAUGUUGGACAAUUGCCAGAUUAAUUUAUUUAAAGUAGCAUUUGGACUCAUUACCGACCCUGAAUGGUUCAUGCUCACUAUUGAUACGACCCUGAAUGGUUCAUGCUCACUAUUGAUACGGUAUAAUUUUAAGAGGAGGGGUCCUCUAGAGAGUUACAUGGUACGUCAUGUGAUGCAUUACUCCAUUAGGUGUUAUCAAGGUUUGUUUUGUUUUGGCAGAAUUUGACUAGCCAGUCAGUGAAUUACAAAUUUUGUUUUGAGAAACUCAUUUGACUCUUAUCUCCUGAGCUUAAAGGCCUACGCCGUUCGUUAAAAAUUAAUGAAUUUGUAAUUGAAUUUUAAAAUGUCCAAUUGCGGAAAUACGUACUAAAUAUAAAUUUCAACAUUGCCGUUGUGUAGACAGGUAUACAAAUAUUAUGAAUACCUAAUUUAAACAAAUUUGUAUUCAUAAUAACAGCACUACGUCAUUGUGUAUUAGUAGAUUUCUAUUCAACUGGACCACAAGUAAUUACGAACGGUGUACCCCUUAAAAUUUGUUUAUGUUUCAAGUUAUGAAUACAUUUUAUGAUCAUAGUCCUGAAUAUCCAUUAGACACCACGAUCACCAGCAGUGUCUUAGAGGGAGUAUUCAUCAGGCCUAUCACCCAUACAUCCUUAUGACCACCAUGCAUAAGGACAGUAUUACAUAGAUUUACCUGGCUCUCCUCAAAUUCCGUUAAAAAAAAGGUGCUGCUUGAUAAUGUAACCACUGCCUGGUGCACUAUGGGUGCUAUUGGACCAAGUGAAUCCAUUGGGCUUCAUAGAACUUCUGAUCAGAUAGACAGUGCAGCUAAUAGCAGAUCUGCAGGUAUAGGUUAGAUGAAUACUGCCUGUAAUGCACUGCUGCUAUCACUGGACGAGAAUAGGCCAAGUUGACAUGUUCUGAAAAUGCUUAUUUGAUUACGAUUAGACUGCUGUCUUAUCAAGGUCUAUGUUUACUGGUAUGACAUAAUGUCUAAAUUGUUAAAUGCACAGAGAGAAAUAAAGACAUUAAAAGUUUGUUUA